CGUCAGAUCGGAGAUGGCAAAGCUCAUCAAGCUCUCCGGGGCUGCCUUCUUGCUGCUCAUGGAGGUGGUGCCCCUGUUGAUGUACACCGGCGCUCUCCUCACCGGCAUCCAGCUGGGGCGGGCGCUCGAGAGGAGGCCGGACAGCGUCAGGGUCAGCUUCACCAUCAGGGGGGCCCUCGGCUACCUCGCCAAGGAGCUUUGGGAUACCAACAAUAUUUGGGGAUCUGGAAGACGGCAAGGCAGCAGGGUAGAGCAGGUGAUGUGGGUGCCCUUUCCGGCGAGCCGCAAUCGUGAUGAAAGCUCAGCAGCUAAUAAGCAGUCGAAGCAGCAGCAGCAGCCCUACAUCCCACUGUCAUGGGUUGACGGCCGAGAUAGUUCUAGCAGUGGUGCUAACCCCAAGGCCCACACACAUCACACAAAUCAUACUUCGAUCAAGUUGUCUGCAGGCGAGCGUGUCACUGCAGUGGAGGGGACAAUUGGGCGUUUCGGAGGCGUCCCCGAUGUCGUCAUCACCUCGCUGACCUUCCGCACCAGCACCGGCAGGACGUACGGGCCGUACGGCAACACCGCUGCGGCGGCGGGGACGCUAUUCUCUGUGCCGGCGGCGGACGGCGCCAGCAUCGUCGGCUUCUGGGGACGCUCCGGCUGGCUUCUCGAUGCAAUUGGGGUCUACGUCAAACCCGGCCGGCGGCCGGCUACAAUAUACAACACCAGGGCCCAGAGGAAUAUGAAAUAA